GAUCUGGCAAUCUCACCUCGACAAUCAAACAACCAUGCCGAAAGCCAAAAAACAACCGCACCCAAAGGGCAAUUCCCCAUACUCUCGCACAAGCACUACGGCGAAAGAAGCGGCUUCGAGGGCUGUCAACAAUGUCUUCCGCAUGAAUACAGACCUUGGACAGCAUAUCCUUAAAAACCCAGGUGUGGCCCAGGCAAUAGUGAACAAGGCUGGCCUCAAACAAUCUGAUGUUGUCUUGGAAGUUGGCCCGGGAACGGGUAACCUCACAGUCAAGAUUUUGGAGCAAGCGCGGAAGGUUAUCGCGGUGGAAAUGGACCCCCGUAUGGCUGCUGAGCUCACCAAGCGUGUGCAAGGCAAACCGGAGCAAACCCGAGUAGAAAUCCUCCUGGGCGAUGUCAUAAAAACCGAGCUCCCCUAUUUCGACGUUUGUAUAUCCAACACGCCCUACCAGAUCUCCUCCCCUCUGGUGUUCAAGCUGCUUGCGCUAUCUCCUGCCCCAAGGACUUGCAUCCUCAUGUUCCAGCGGGAGUUCGCGAUGCGCGUGGUAGCGCAGCCUGGCGAUACGCUCUAUUGCCGGCUGAGCGUGGAGUCAUCAGUCAUCAGAAUUGAGCCCAAAAACCCCAGACCGCCGAUUUCCUAUGACGAAUGGGAUGGACUAUUGAGGAUCGUGUUUGUUAGAAAAAAUAAGACGAUUGCUGCGGGGUUCAAGUCCAGUGCCGUCAUGGCGCUUCUGGAGAGGAACUACAGGACUUGGUGUGCAACCAAUAACGUCAAGUUGGAAGAUGAAAAGGUGAAAGGACUGGUUGACAGCGUGCUCGCAGAGACUGAGCUUAGGGAGAAACGGGCAGGCAAGUGCGAUGAGGCAGAUUUUCUCAAACUGUUGUAUGCUUUCAAUCAACAGGGUAUUCACUUUAGCUAAGUGGGCCCUACGGUAUCUCUCGUUGGGCUGUUUCUACGUUAAGUUUGUGCUUAGCGACGAUUUGGGUAGGAGUUAUCUUGGAUCUUGUGUAGAAUAGAACAAACUUUUAUUGGAAUUCA